AUGAGUGUCGUUGGAAUCGAUUUCGGAACCCUCAAGACUGUCAUCGCCGUUGCUCGAAACCGCGGUGUCGAUGUUGUCACCAAUGAAGUUUCAAACCGAGCAACUCCUUCCCUAGUAGGAUUCGGACCCAAGUCUCGUUACCUCGGAGAGGCCGCCAAGACCCAGGAAAUCUCCAACCUCAAGAACACUGUCAGCUCCCUCAAGCGUCUUGCUGGCCGACAAUUCAACGACCCCGAUAUUCAGAUUGAGCAGCAAUAUGUGACCGCUCCUCUGGCCGACUGCAAUGGCCAGGUCGGUGCUGAAAUCAACUACCUGGGCAAGAAGGAGAAGUUCACAGCCACUCAGCUGGUCGCUAUGUACUUGAGCAAGAUCAAGCAGACCGCUGGAGCCGAGCUCAAGCUGCCUGUUCAAGACGUCUGCCUAAGUGUCCCUCCUUGGUUCACUGAUGUCCAGCGCCGUGCUCUUAUCGACGCUGCCGAGAUUGCUGGACUCCGUGUUCUCCGUCUCAUCAACGACGGUACAGCCGCCGCUCUUGGCUGGGGCAUCACAAAGCUCGACCUGCCGGCCCCUGAGGAGGCUCCCCGCCGUGUCUGCUUCGUCGAUGUCGGCCACAGCAGCUACACUGUCUCCAUUGUUGAGUUCAAGAAGGGUGAGCUCGCUGUCAAGGCCACAACCUGGGACAAGGAUUUCGGUGGUCGUGACUUCGAUCGCGCUUUGGUUGACCACCUCGCCAAGGAGUUCAAGGGCAAAUACAAGGUCGACAUCAUGACCCACGGCCGUGCCCUUGCCCGUACCAUCGCCGCCGCUGAGAAGACCAAGAAGAUUCUCUCUGCCAACCAACAAGCUCCUGUCAACAUUGAGUCUCUCAUGAACGACAUUGAUGCUUCUGCCAUGAUCACUCGCCAGGAGUUCGAGGCCAUGAUCGAGCCUCUCCUUGCCCGAACCCACCUUCCCCUUGAGGAGGCCCUUGCCCAGGCUAAGCUCACCAAGGAUGAUAUCGAUGUUAUCGAGGUCGUUGGUGGUGGUUCUCGUGUCCCCGCUCUUAAGGAGCGCAUCCAGGAGUUCUUUGGAAAGCCUCUCUCUUUUACUCUUAACGCCGACGAGGCUCUUGCCCGUGGUUCUGCCUUCAGCUGUGCCAUUCUCUCCCCUGUCUUCCGUGUCCGAGACUUCUCCGUCCAGGACAUCAUCAGCUACCCCAUCGAGUUCGCCUGGGAGAAGGCCCCCGAUAUUCCUGACGAGGACACCAGCCUGACUGUCUUCAACAAGGGCAACGUCAUGCCAUCGACCAAGAUCCUUACCUUCUAUCGAAAACAGCCCUUCGAUCUCGAGGCCCGAUACGCCCAGCCUGAGCUACUCCCCGGCAAGACUAACCCCUGGAUUGGCCGUUUCUCUGUCAAGAACGUCAAGGCCGAUGGUAAGGACGACUUCAUGAUUUGCAAACUCAAGGCCCGUGUCAACAUCCACGGCGUCCUGAACGUCGAGACUGGUUACUACGUCGAGGAAGAGGAGGUUGAGGAGGAGGUUAACGAGGAUCCCGAUGCCAUGGAGACCGAUAAGGAUGCCCCCAAGAAGACUCGCAAGGUGAAGAAGCAGGUCCGCAAGGGUGACCUGCCCAUCUCCACAGGCAGUGCCUCUCUUGACGACUCCACCAAGGCCAGCCUUCUCGAGAAGGAGGCUGCCAUGGUUAUGGAGGACAAGCUUGUUGCCGAUACCGAGGAGAAGAAGAACGAGCUCGAGGCUUACAUCUACGACCUCCGUGCCAAACUGGAUGAGCAGUACUCUGAGUUUGCCAGCGAAGAGGAGAAGCAGACCAUCAAGGCCAAGCUUGAGGCCACAGAGGAUUGGCUGUACGAGGAGGGUGAUGAUACCACAAAGGGUGUGUAUGUCGCCAAGAUUGACGAGAUCCGCGCCAUGGCUGGUCCCAUUGUCCAGCGUCACUUUGAGAAAGUCGAGGCUGAACGACAAGCCGCUCUGGAGAAAGCCGAGGCCGAACGGGCUGCGAAGAAGGCUGAGGAGGAUGCUCGCAAGGCUGCGGAAGCCGAGAAAGCCAAUGCAGACCAAGAGAUGAAGGAUGCCGACGCUCCGCAACAGGAGACCGAGGGCUCUGCCGACCCGCAGUAA